AUGGAGUCAACGGCGUUGAACGAAAGGAUGGCUAGAUGGCAGAUCCUACUAUUUGAAUUUGAUAUAAUCUAUGUAAAUCAGAAAGCUGUCAAAGGGAGCGCGAUAGCUGAAUUUUUGGCUAGCAGAGCUUUAGAAGAUUACGAACCUCUGAAUUUUAAUUUCCCGAAUGAAGACUUGAUGUAUGUGGCAACUGCUGAAGAGGAUUCCCACGAAAAUCAUCCUUGGAAGUUAAAUUUUGAUGGAGCUUCGAAUGUUGUAGGCAAUGGAAUUGGGGCAGUCUUGGUGUCCUCCGAUGGAGAUCAUUAUCCUUUUACUAGUAAAUUGGAAUUCGAUUGCACCAAUAACAUGGCUGAAUAUGAAUCUUGUAUCAUGGGCAUUCGGGUAGCCAUAGAGCAAAAAAUUAAGUUACUAGAAGUAUACAGAGACUCUGCAUUAGUAAUAUACCAGCUUAAAGGGGAAUGGGAAACGAGAGACCCAAAGUUAGUCCGCUAUCAAAAAUUGGUUCUGGAAUUGAUUGAUGAGUUUAACAGUGUCACCUUUUGUUAUCUCCUACGGGAUGAAAACCAGAUGGCUGAUGCUUUGGCUACCCUAGCCUCUAUGAUCAAAGUGAACAAACCAGAAGAUAUGAAGCCUAUUCAGAUCAGCAUUCAUGAGACCCCAGCUUCUUGCUACAGUAUUGAAGAAGAGGAAAAUGAUGACCAUCCAUGGUACCAAGACAUACUACAAUAUGUAAAGAACUGUGAAUACCCCGACCAUGUGAUAGAAAAUGACAAAAGGACACUGAGGGGACUGGCUAUUGAUUAUGUCCUAGAUGUGGAGAUUUUGUACAAAAGGGGAAAGGAUAAAGUAUUGUUAAGAUGCGUGGAUGCUGUGGAGGCUAAGAAAAUUUUGGAAGAAGUCUAUGAAGGUAUCUGUGGAAUGCAUGCUAAUGGUUUUACUAUGGCUAAAUAG